CGCUGUGGUGUAAUAUGUGCGCGCGCUGCCCAGCUGUCAGCCCCGGCAUUGGUCCACCAGGCGCACGCACGUAGGCGCGUAUCCGACCGACCAACCCCCUUUUCCCGGUACACUGACUGAGCAGCAGCCGGUAACAGGACGGACCGGCGGAUCCGUGUUCCAACGGCACCGACAGGACCGGAACCUGCACCGGACCCGGAGGUGUGACGCUGCUGAGUACCCCCCCCCACCACCACCACCACCGUGUGCAGCGGCGCCAUGGCAGCUAUGGGACCUGAAGACAGAACCGGAACCAGGCCAGACAGGAUGGCGGCCCCCCCACUGGGACAGAAAGCCUGCACCCCCACCCCACCCAGCACCAGUCACAGCAGCAGCACCCCUGACACACCGAGGGAGGGGCCUGGGCCCUGCUGGACAAACCUACCACUGCAGAUCCUGGGACCCACAAUGCACCUGUGCACUGGAGAGGCAGCAUUCAGUUUCCGCAGCCCAGAGUCGGUCGAGAUGGAUGAGAUCAUGGCAGCCAUGGUCCUGACCAGCCUGUCCUGCAGUCCUGGUCUCCAGAGUCCCCCACAAACAGAUCCUGGUCUCCAGAGUCCCCCACAAAAAGAUCCUGGUCUCCAGAGUCCCCCACAGACAGAUCCUGAACCAGCCCCCUCGUCAUCAGCUGACAUGGAGUGUGGUGGAGGCGAACUGUCCGACAGCGGCAGCAGCGGAUACUGGAGCUGGGACCACGGCAACGUCAGCCCUUCCCCUUCGCCGUCCAUCACCGAAGCGGACGGCAGCCCUGACGAAGGCCUACAAAUGGACCUGGACCAGGGGGAGGAGCUUAAUGCCAAAAAGCCAAAGAGCUCUUUCAGGGGCGUGUAUAAAUGCUUGUGGCCCAGCUGUGGGAAGGUCCUCACUUCGUCUGUUGGAAUAAAAAGACACAUCCGUCUUCUGCAUCUGGGCAGGUCUUCAGAUCAGUCCCUCAGAGAAGAAGACUUCUACUACACCAGGAUCUGCUGUGAUGCUGUCGACUCCGCCUCUGCUCCGGCUCCGGCUCCGCCUCCCUCCCAGUCCCGCCCCCAGGCUCUGGUCCAGUCUUCAGCCCCUCAUCUGAGCUGGUCCUCCUGUGGUUCCCCCUCAGGCUCUGGGCUCCAGAUCCCCCCCACCCACAGGUCGAGGUCCAACUCCAGCUCUGGACCCGGUCCCAGCAGACCCGGUCCACUGAGCCAGUCUGCACCAGGCAGCUUCUGGCAGAUCCACUCUGAGCACCUGUACCAGGCCUGCAGUCCGGUCCAGGUCCCAGUCCCGGUCCCAGUGGGUUCCAGAAGCCCCAGUGUCCACGGAUGGAGCGUCUCCACAUCUGUGUCCUGCCACAGUAACCCUCCGGUGACCAAAGCUCGCUUUCGCUCUGUCAGCGUUGGCGAACAGUGGCUUCAACAGAACCGACUGACGACAGUGAACGCAGCAUCACCGACACGGAACCACUGUUCAUACAGGAAGGCUCGUGGUGAGGCUAAGAAGUGUCGUAAAGUCUACGGGCUGGAGCAGAAGGACCAGUGGUGUACAGCCUGUCGAUGGAAAAAAGCCUGUCAGCGAUUCCCCGACUGAAAACAGACACACAGAGGUGGACGAGUGGACGAGGACCAACAGACUUGAAUCAAACAGAGGAUGGACUGUUUAAACCAGGGCCUGAGAGCCAUAGAGAAACAACUGGACUGUUCCCACAUGGGUUUUGUUUUUUACUUUGUUCUUGUUUAGAUUCUUUCCUAAAGGAAUGCACGUGGACUGUGGUGUGUUCUGACCCCCUGACGCUCUGACCUCUGACCCCCUGACCUCUGACCCCUGACCCUCCACCUUUGGACUGAUGUUGACCAUGUGACCAUGUGCUCCUCCUUUCUCCAGAGCUGCUCUGUUCUCCACUGGACUCAUCUGCUCCUGUGAUGUCAGGUUCUUCUGACCUUCUCUUCCAGUGGUUCUACGGUGGUUCUACGGUGGUUCCACAGUGGUUCUACGGUGGUUCCACAGUGGUUCAAUGAUGGUUCCACAGUGGUUCCACGGUGGUUCUACGGUGGUUCCACAGCUGUUCCACAGUGGUUCCACCAUGGUUCUAUGGUGGUUCCACAGUGGUUCUAUGGUGGUUCCACGGUGGUUCUAAUGUACUUUCUAUGUUUUCCUUUCAGUUCCGUUGGAGUGUUUUCUAUCAUUUUGUUCUGCUCAUGUGUCAGGGCUGACUCUGGGUUCUUUCGUGGAUCAUCCUGGGGUUUUUUUUUUUUGGUUCUGUUUUUUGAUCAAUUGUUUUUUUGUUUUUUUUGAGGGGGGGGGGGUUUGGUUCUUUUUUGGAUUGUCCUGUUUUUUUUUCUGCUCUUGGUUGGAUAAACUCUCUCACAGAAUAAGCUCCGUUUGGUUGGACUCCACCAAAUUUCUUCCAUGUGCUGGACACUGGACAGUGGAGAGUGGACACUGGACAGUGGACACUGGACAGAGGACUUCCUUCCUGUCGCAUGAUAGCAGUUUGAUGUGAGGCAGUGGAGGCAUGGCAGUGGAGGCGUGGCAGUGGGAGGAGCUUUAGGGACAGAGUUUGGAACAGCAAUAAAUAAAAGGAACUAAACUGUCAAACACAUUAAAUAAAAGGCACUGAGUACUGGA